AUGGACGCAGAUGCGACACAUAUUCCCCCCACUGGCCCUCCCGACGCCCCGGAACGCCCCCAAGAACAUCAGGAGACGCACGAAAUCCCCGGUCCCGCAACCGAAAUGAUGGCUCCAGGCGAGACUCGCGCCAGACCGGCAUACAAUAACAACGGGUACAGCAGCGACUCGCGCGCCCACUAUUCAUCCCACAGCUAUGAAUUCCACUCCCCGGGACGCGACGUCCAGUCCGUCGAUGGUGAUCAGUCCCGACCGAACCUCUCUUCGUCUCUAAGCCAUCAGCCACUUCCAUCAUCAUCAUCACGACCGAGUUCGGAUCUCUCCCAUAGUCACGAAAGACAGGGCCAAUCGCAGCCCACCCAAGAGUCGAGUCAGAAACAAUCAUCCCAACAGACGAAAAACAGCGUGGUGAUUAAAGUUGGAAUGGUUGGCGAUGCGCAGAUCGGGAAGACUAGUUUGAUGGUCAAAUACGUGGAAGGGAGUUGGGAUGAAGACUACAUUCAAACGCUAGGCGUCAACUUUAUGGAGAAGACAAUUUCUAUCCGCAAUACGGAGAUCACGUUUUCGAUCUGGGAUCUUGGUGGUCAGCGCGAAUUCGUUAAUAUGCUUCCCCUCGUGUGCAACGAUGCUGUGGCGAUCCUGUUCAUGUUCGAUCUUACGCGCAAGAGUACCCUUAACUCCAUCAAGGAAUGGUACCGCCAGGGUCGUGGGUUUAACAAGACGGCUAUCCCAUUCCUGAUUGGAACGAAAUAUGACCACUUUGUCAACUUUCCACGUGAGGAUCAGGAGGAGAUAUCCAUUCAGGCAAGGAGAUUCGCCCGGGCAAUGAAGGCGAGCUUAAUCUUCAGCAGUACCAGUCACAGUAUCAAUGUGCAAAAGAUCUUCAAAAUUGUCCUGGCGAAAGCCUUCGACCUGAAGUGUACUAUCCCCGAAAUCGAAAACGUUGGCGAGCCACUGCUACUGUACAAGAAUGUCUAA